AUGUUCUCCGCCUUGUACGAGAAUUACCACGAAGCUUUCAAGCGGUACGUGGUGGCCGAUGCGAAUGUCUUGCAGGAGUUCUGGCGGCUACAGAAGAAGCACCCGCAGUUCAACGACCACCCUGUGGUAAGCCAGGCUUCCUUUGAGCCUCGAAAGUUCGUGCCGCUUUCUUUACACGGCGAUGGAACACCUGCAAUAGGUGUCGGGAAGAUAUGGAGCCGAAUGUUAACCACCUGGAGCUGGUGUAGCCUGGUUGGUGGUCCUGCCUGGACCAAGGAUUCGCAACUGCCCAUUUAUUUCCUCUUCGAUGAAACAGAUGACGGCACAGCAGCGACUACCUUCCUCAGCAUGCUGGCCUGGAGCUUCAAGGUGCUGCAAGAAGGUCUUUGGCCCUUUGCAGACCACAAGGGCAACCUGUACCCGCCCACGAGCGACCUGGGCCGUAAGGCAGGAUCGCCCUUGGCGGGGGGGUGGAAAGGCGUCAUCUGGGCAUUGGUCGGCGAUCUUGAGUAUAUGGUCUCAAGAUUGAACAUGCCACAUUUUGGCCAAAAGCACAACCCGUGCGGCCUUUGCAAAUGCUCGGGCGACGAGACUUCCACCUCCUGGAGGAAUUGCAAACCGACAGCGCCAUGGCUCAGCAUGCAAUGGUCUUUGGCAGAGUGGCGGUCUUUUCCGGACCGCCCGAAAAACCCGCUGUUCGACAGCGGAGUAUGCUCUGCACUCAGUUGCCACAUGGACUACAUGCACACGAAGUACUUGGGGCUGGAUCCUCUGGGAUUCGGGAGUGUGCUGAGCUUGCUCGUCAACUUCGUGUUGCCCGACUCACCUCUCGCGAAUUUGCGAUGUGUGUGGGAGCACCUGCUCAGCUCCUACAAAGCCUUGAAAAUCGUGGAAAGGUUCAGGGGCAUGAGAAAGCUCAGUCUUUUUCAGAGGAAGAAGCUCCCGCCGAAACUCAAGGGGAGAGCCAUGCAGAUCCAGGCUCUGGGGGAACCACUACUCCUCUGCUGGCAGAAUUUCAUGAACAAAGACCUCGAAAUUCACCUCAAGAUCGAGAACUACUUGAAGGUGAAUCUAGCCCUCGAGAAGAUCCUGCAUGCUACGAGGACGGAGAUGGCCAUGCCUCCAGACCAUGCGGAGAAGUUCAAGAAAUUGGCUUUCGGGCUCUGCCAGCUGCACCGACAGCUGCGGGAACACUUUGAAGGAAACUACUUCGCAGACCUCCCGAAGAUGCAUUUCUUCUUGCAUGCCUGCCUUUUGGCAGAUGUGCUGCAUCCCCGGCUCACAUGGUGCUUCAAAGGAGAGGAUCUUCAGAAGAUCUCUCGAACCUUGGCUGGCUCCUGCUGCCGGGCUGUGACCGGCCCUCGGGCUGCGGCAAAAAUGUCGCAGCAGCUCCGCAUAGCUUGGCACUUGCGGCUGGACAGGCUUUGUGGAGAGUGA